AUGCCCCCCCAAAAGCCCAGAGCCAUCCUAGGCCUCAUGACCUACGGCCCCCCAACCUCCCCAGACAACCGCGUAACGACCAUCGAAGAGUUCCAAACUCACCUCGACGCCUUUCAAAAGCACGGCUACAAUGAACUCGACACAGCCCGCAUCUACUCCAACGGCGACCAGGAAGCCUUCACCGCAAAGGCGGGAUACAAGGAGCGUGGCUUCGAGAUUGCCACCAAGAGCUACCCUCUCUUCCCCGGGCAGCACACAGCUGCCAAUCUGCGCAAGGACUUGGAAACUUCCCUUGCGGAGCUCGGCACUACUUGUGUUGACAUCUUCUAUCUACACUCGGCAGACCGCUCUGUUCCCUUUACAGAGACGCUGGAAGCCGCGAACACGCUCUACCGGGAGGGUAAGUUUAAGCAGCUUGGCCUUAGCAAUUACACGGCAUAUGAGGUUGCAGAAAUUGUCAUGCUGUGCCAAUAUCGAGGCUGGGUAAAGCCCACCAUCUACCAGGGGCUCUACAACGCCAUCACUAGAAAUUUGGAGACCGAAGUAAUCCCUGCCUGUCGCCGCUUUGGACUGGAAGUCGUCGUCUUCACUCCGCUCGGAGGAGGCCUCUUGACAGGACGCUACAAGUCCCCCGACGACGACGACGAACAGCAGGGCCGCUUCAGCAGGAACACCUUCUUGGGUCCCAUUCUGCGCUCCAUGUACUUCAACGAGAGUCUAUUCAAGGCACUCGAUAUCCUUCGCCGCGCUGCAGAAGGCCACCAGCUGACCAUGCCGGAAGUCGCCAUCCGCUGGCUCGUCCACCACUCUGCCCUGAAAUUUGCCCAGGACGGAGGGAACGACGGCGUCAUCUUUGGAAUCAGCAAGUUGUCUCAGCUGGAUCAAAACAUUGUGGAUCUGCAGAAGGGGCCUUUGCCCGAGGACGUCGUCAAGGCUCUCGAUGCUGCCUGGGUUAUCGCUAAGGGCACCAGCCCGAACCCCUGGCAUACGUCCCUCGAGUACACGUACGAGGGACAUUCAUAG